CGCUCUUUCUCUCUUCACUACCACUACCCCUACCUCUUUCUCUCUCUCACUCUCCGUAUUCCAUCCAUUUCGAACCAGCUUCUAACCAGAACCUCCUAUCUCUCAAAACCUCCCAAUCUCUCUCUCUCUAAAAAACAACCAAACAUGUCCUCCGAAUACUACUCUCUCUGCAUUCCUGGAAGUGGGUUCUCCAGUUUUCUUCCCAGCCUGGAGCUCAUUCUCUGCAUCUUCCUCAUUGCUGCUGUGUUUGGCUUCUGUCUCGCACCAGGCGGCCUCGCCUGGGCUCUCUCAAAGGCGCGAGCCGGGGUUCAAUCAAGGUCUGCCAUUCCUGGACCCUCUGGUCUACCCAUUAUCGGACUCGUCUUCGCUUUCGCUGGCUCUUUGACUCACAGAGUCCUCGCAAAUCUCGCUAAGACCUUCGAAGCCGUACCGUUGAUGGCUUUUUCGAUUGGGUUCACUCGUUUCAUCAUCUCAAGCCACCCAGACACAGCCAAGGACAUUCUAAGCAGCUCGGCUUUCGCAGAUCGGCCUGUGAAAGAGUCGGCUUACGAGCUUCUCUUCCACCGAGCAAUGGGUUUCGCUCCUUACGGUGAGUACUGGAGGAACCUGAGGAGAAUCUCGUCGACCCAUUUGUUCAGCCCGAAGAGAAUCACUUGUUUCGGCGAUUUUCGGCAAAAAAUGGGGAUCGAAAUGGUGAAUCAAGUUAAGGGUUUGAUGGAGAAAAACGGAGUGGUUGAAAUCAAGAGAGUUUUGCAUUUUGGGUCUCUGAACAAUGUGAUGAUGAGUGUGUUUGGGAGGUCCUAUGAUUUCAAUGGAUGUGAUGGGUCUGAACUUGAGGGUUUGGUGAGUGAAGGGUAUGAGUUGCUUGGGAUAUUCAACUGGAGUGAUCAUUUUCCUCUUCUGGGUUUGUUGGAUUUGCAAGGUGUGAGGAAGAGAUGUAGAGAGCUUGUUUCUAGAGUGAAUGUGUUUGUUGGGAAGAUCAUUGAAGAACACAGAUUCAAGAGGGCUAAAAAUGGAGGUGUUGUGGGUGGUGGUGACGAUGAUGACUUUGUUGAUGUUUUGCUUGGUUUGGAGAAAGAUAACAAGCUCAGUGACUCUGAUAUGAUUGCUGUUCUCUGGGAAAUGAUCUUUAGGGGGACAGAUACAGUGGCAAUCCUCCUAGAAUGGAUUCUUGCAAGAAUGGUUCUACACCCAGAUAUCCAAUCCAAGGCCCAAUCCGAAAUCGACAACGUCGUCGGAGCAUCCCGACCGGUGUCCCAUUCGGACCUCCCCAACCUCCCUUACCUCGAAGCCAUUAUCAAAGAAACCCUCCGAAUCCACCCUCCGGGGCCCCUACUCUCCUGGGCCCGCCUUGCCAUCCAUGACACACGCGUCGGCGACCACUUCAUACCUGCCGGCACAACUGCCAUGGUGAACAUGUGGGCCAUAACCCACGACGAGCGGGUCUGGCCCGAGCCCAAUGAAUUCAAACCGGAGAGGUUUUUGGCUGAUGAUGUGUCCAUUAUGGGGUCGGACCUCAGGUUGGCUCCUUUUGGGUCUGGGAGGCGAGUCUGCCCUGGUAAAGCCAUGGGUUACGCUACGGUUCAGCUCUGGUUAGCCCAAAUGCUUCAAAGCUUCAAGUGGGUGGCUUCUUGUGAUGAUGGUGGUGGUGUGGACUUGUCUGAGGUUCUAAAGCUGUCCAUGGAAAUGAAAAAUCCAUUGGUGUGCAAAGCUGUUGCUAGGCUUUCUUGAUCGGUUUGGUGUUAUGCUAGUUUGAUUCUCAUCCAUGAUUUUGAAACUUCUUAUAUGGGAGAGAGAUCAAAUGGUUUGUUAAUCAAUCAAGUAAUGAGCUUCUGGAAAUGGUGUCUCUGCUUAGUUUGCUCUUAGGUCUUAGUAGUUAAAUGGUCUUUAGGUUUUAGUAGUUAUAUGGUAUUAUUAUUAGUAUGAGUGUUAGUAUAUUAUUAGUAUUUGACCCAGAACUAGGAAAGUUGUGUUGAUUUCGUAAUGGGGAUUUGUUUUGGGUUUGGCUUGGGUUUCUUGCAGACAUGGAAGUUUCAUGCAUUGUACACAGCUCUUGUUGGCAUAUAUAAUAUAUU